AAGUAACAAGUUAAACAGAGUAGCGACCAGCGAGUUCAAACGCCGAGUUACAGACAGGCUAACAGGCAACAAAUCCAUUCGUUUUUGAAAAAAGUAAAAACAACUAUUAUGGACAUUGAUAUCCGUGAUUUGAUAGACGAAGAAGAUGAUGAUAACCAAGAAGAAAUGACUGCCCAGAAGGUAUUACAAAUUGUUGAACGGGCUUGGCUAAAUGAAAAAUUUAGUCCAGAAAUACUGCCACAUCAGACAGACUAUGUUGAUUGUUUGCUUGAACAAAUCAAGGGAAUGGAAGGAAAUCUUGCCAAAUUAUCUAAAACUGAUCCAAAAGUGGACUUGCACAAACUUGAACUAGAACGUAUUAAAUUUGUUAUAACUAGCUACUUGCGAACUAGGUUGAAGAAAAUAGAAAGUUUUUGUGUGAGGGUGCUUGAAGAAGAAGCCACUCGUUCUGAAGAGGAUGCGUAUUUAUCACCUGCGGAGCUUAAAUUUGCUAAAGAAUUUGCUCUGAAUGCCGACAAUCAUUUUGACACCAUACUCCGGCAUAUGCCUCAUCUAUACAACAAAUUGGAUAGAAAUAAAAAAAUUAUCGAGCCCAAUUUAAAUAGUUUUGUUUUUUUAAAAUGUAACAAGCACAUAGAUAGUGUUAUUAUAAAAAAUACACUGGAAGGCCAGGAAGAAGAAAUUGUAUUAGAAGAUGGUUCUCAGCAUUUGAUGCCUUAUAGUUCAAUUGCUGAAUUUGUGAAAAAGGGUACUGUUCAAUUGAUCUAAACUGUUUAAUAAAAAUUCAGCAUUCAUUCUUCAUCCUAUUCAAUAUUAAUAAUUCAUGUUAAAUAAUCAAUUCAAAAAUACAUUGAUUAUGCCACCCGUAAUGAUAUGUUAAAUUAAUGUAAUAUACGUUUAAAAUAAACAGAUAUCAAAACAUUCAAAUGUA